CGUUUCUGCAGGCAACUCGAGCACGGAGUUCAUUUUCUGCUUCUUUUUGUGUGAAAUAUUUUUUUCGACUAUUGGUUUCGUUUACCAAUACAAUAUUUCGGUAAUUUUUAAGUUUAGAAUAUAUUUAGUUUGUAGUUUCAAUGAAUAAGUUAAUGUGCCCAUACGCCCUUGAAAACAGUGUAUUAAAAAAAAUUGUGUCAGCAUAGCAACAGCACUUCGGUACAUAUAAUUCCUAUUUUGAGGGAUAUCGUUCAGUGUAAGAAGACAGGGUGCCUUUGUGAGAUGAGAAAUGAGGAUGCAUGGAGGAAUACUAGGAUUCAAAUCAAGAACACACUAAUUUAGUAUUUUGUAAGUUUAAACUGGUGCUUUUAUCUUAUAAGAUGAUUACACGAAGAUGGUUUCAUCCCACACUAACAGGGGUGGAGGCAGAAAAGAUACUCUUGGAAUGUGGCCACGAUGGCUACUUCUUAGCUAGACCCAGCAUGAGCAACAAGGGCGACUUCACACUAUCUGUACGGCGAGGUAACGAAGUGACACACAUUAAGAUACAAAAUAAUGGCGAGUUCCUUGACCUUUACGGAGGUGAGAAGUUUGCCACACUUUCAGAACUCGUUCAAUACUACAUGGACAACCAGUGUCAACUGCGUGAGAAAAAUGGGAACGUCAUUAGGUUAAAAACACCUCUUAAUUGCGCUGAUCCUACAACUGAGCGCUGGUACCAUGGACAACUCACAGCUAAGGAAGCUGAACGGGUUAUGCUGGAGAAUGGUAAAAAUGGUUCGUUUCUGGUUCGGGAGUCUCAACGACAACCUGGCGACUUUGUUCUAUCAGUGAGGACGCGAGAUCGAGUCACACACGUCAUCAUCCGCCGGCAAGAUAACAAGUACGAUGUCGGUGGUGGCCAACAAUUUCCUGAUCUUGUCAGUCUAAUAGAACAUUACAGAAACUUUCCGAUGGUCGAAACGACAGGUGAAGUGUUGCGACUGAUCCAGCCUUUUAACGCUACUCGUAUCCAAGUGCGACAUUUCCAUACACGAGUGAAACAACUUCAAAAAGAAAACGAAGGUCCAAUAGAGAGUAUGGCAUACAAACAAGGCUUCUGGGAGGAAUUUGAGACUCUGCAAAUGAUGGAGAACCUUCAACUUUUCGACAGGAUGGAGGGAUCAAAGCCAGAAAAUAUACGAAAAAAUCGGUAUAAGAAUAUAAUUCCUUUCGAUCGUACCCGAGUGGUGCUAAAAGACAUUCCUCCGGAUGCACCUCCCGGCUCGGACUACAUAAACGCCAAUUAUAUUCGAUGUGAAAUGAUAGACAUGGGCUCCGACUUUCACGACUCUUGUAGUAACGGCUCUUAUGAAAAUAGCCCCUAUAUGAGUCGAGAAUCAAACAAUUCGCCUUCAAAGAGUAAAGACAAGUUGUCACCAGUUCACACAAGUGUUAUUGUAUGUGAAGAAAAGUUAGGUAACGUCAAAAUUCAAGGUAACGGCACAAAAUCAAUCCCACCUUUUGAGCCGUCUGUCCUUCGAACAAAUCCGAAUUAUGUUAAUACCACAAUACCGAAGUCAACAGAGGAAACUGAAAAUGGUGUUGUCGAUCACGUCUACAAUAAGAUAUACAUCGCCACUCAAGGUUGUUUAUCGACCACCAUAGCUCCAUUCUGGUCGAUGAUAUGGCAGGAGGACGUUCGCAUAAUUAUAAUGACAACAAAAGAGAUCGAACGUGGUAAAGUAAAAUGCGAACGAUACUGGCCAGAAUUGAACAAAACAGAAGUUUUCAAAAAGUUUACUGUACAAAAUGAAUUUGAAUCGUCUACGCCAGAUUACACGUUGCGGCGUUUUGUAGUUACGAAAAAAGAGGAAAGCAGCGUUAAAAGAACAAUUUAUCAUUUUCACUUUACUGCGUGGCCGGACCACGGCGUUCCAUCGGAGCCGGGCCGAGUUCUGAAUAUACUGUUAGAUGUAAAUUAUAGGCUGCAACAGAUUAUGACCGGGCCGGAUCCACCCGCACAAGCAGUCGUGUGCGUCCAUUGCUCGGCGGGCAUUGGCAGAACAGGGACCUUUAUAGUCAUCGAUAUGAUUCUAGAUCAAAUAAGGAAAGAGGGAUUCGACUGUGAAAUCGAUAUCCAUCGUACUGUUCAAAUGGUGCGAGACCAGCGCUCUGGUAUGGUGCAAAACGAGGCACAGUAUAAGUUUAUUUAUAUGGCCGUUUUAGAGUUUAUUGAAACUGAGAAACAGAGAAUUGGUCUUGGACCGGAAUCGAGCCAAGACUCUCCUCGUGUGUGGUCGCAUUCCGUACCUUUUUUAUGAAUCGAGCUAAAAGCGCGAAGAAGUUUCUAACGAAAGCUUUAUCGCGUAAAAAAAUGUAGAGGAUCACAUUCGUUGUGACCUUUCCAAUUUUCUCUAACACAUGCUUAAAAUUUCGAUUUGUUAUAUAACAUAUUAAAUAUUUUAUUAUUUUUUCCGUCGUAUUCAAGAUUCUACUUAGUAGCGCAUGACAAGAAUUAACGUGGUUUUAAGAUUUAACACUGCCAACAAGCAAAAUAUAAGUCUUAAAAAGAGGAAGACUUUAUAAAAAUAUGGUCAUUAGCUGCUAGAUGCGGGGCCCGUAACUCUUGAUAUAUAGUUAAACGGGCACUAUAAAUUAAUAACAUUUUGAGUAAACAAGUCCUUCGUUCAGAGUUGUGAUGAUUAUGGCCUACAUACAUUUCUUGUAACAAAUGGCAAAGGCUCGUUUCUGGAGCACGUAGUAACUUGAACACAAUAAUGAUGUUUUUUUAUUUAUCUCAAAACAAGGAUCUGUCGUAGAGUUUUACUCAUACAGAUGUCUAUUUUUAAUUAGUAAACGUAGUGAUUUAAUUAUCAACAAUGCAGUGUACCUUUUUAAAUUUUACCAUAUCAAUGAAUCAAUUAAUUUCAAUGAAUAAAUAAUUGUAUUAUGCAUUUAGAACGUAAAGUAAAAAUAUAUUAUUAUUAUAGCAGAACAAUCUUAUAUGGGUGGGAUAACGUGAUCGAUGAUAAAAAAUAUUAUAUUCGAGUAUUGAACAUUAAAUGAUUUUAAAACUAAGUCAAGCUGAUCGCUUUUGUACAAAACACCCUAAGUGAUUAUAUUACAGUAACAAAAUGAAAUUAAGGAAUUUUAAUAUCAAUGCAGAUGAAAUUUUUGGAAUGAAGAAGUCACACAAUAAAAUAUUUAAUUAGCACUUUAUAUAAUAUUUUGUAUAUUUCGUUAAAGAUUUUAUUUUAAUUAACGGCCUGAUUUUAUUAUAACGUGUUCUAAACCUCUUCGCGCUUAGCCGUAGGUUGUUCCAGCGAUGAAAUAGUAUUAAGUAUUCGUAACAACAGAAUAUAGUACCUAAGUGCUUACUCUUCCAAAUUAAAUUAAAGAUGCAAGGAAAAUGCAGAGAUAUUUUGUUUUACUGGUAGGGAAUACUUAUUAGAUGUUAUAUAUUUUUUUCUAUGCCACAAUUCUUUGGUUUUAAAAUACGUAGUUCAUUUUGUAACUCAGUUUUCACUGAUAUCACCUUCCUACCCUUUGGGUAAUUUAUCCGAGCGAUUUAGUUUUAAAAAAUCGCCCAAGUACGAGCCGGUCCAGAAGUGUUCCGUACCAUUAUAAAUCGGCCAAAAAAGUCACUUGAAUGGCAUUAUGUUUUCAGUAUUUGUUGUUAUAGCGGAAACACAUCAUUUCUUUGGGUACGGAACCCUGAAAAGAAAAUGUGUCUGAGUGGCGUAAAAUUGGUGAUAAGUGAUAAUAUAAAAUAAGCAUUUUUCCUAAUGUGAACUUACCUCAUAUGGAACACAAAAAAAACGUGCAUAGUGUAACAUAGGAUAAUCUCCAGUGGCAUGUGAUCAUGAUAAAGUAUCUUAGCGUCCACGAUAAGAUGAAAGAAAUUAAUUAUAUGUAAGUCAAUGUGUUUGUUCGAAGUUUAAAUACGAUGCGACAUAGCACGGUAAACACCUAUCAUGUUUGAGAUCCUAAAAUACGUAGAUGUAUGCUUUUCCUUAUUAAGUAAUUAAAAGUAGAUACAUCUACUUACUAUUCUGUGCUGUGUCGCACGUGCUCUGUGUGAAGCUUAAGAGGAAAAUAAUAAUAAAUGAAUGUUGUUAAUUAAAAACUAUUACGUUAGUUUUAUACGGCGACCUGAAUAAUUUAUCACACUGUUGCUUUAAUAUGCACUAUAUGAAAGUCAGGAGGUUGACUUCAACGUGAUCUCGAAUUGGAGUUUGAUUUGAAAAUAUUGAUUUUAUUCAUAUACUUAUCUACUGAAUAUAUAUUUCUACAAUCGAUGGUUAUUUACGAACUUUCUAGAAUGAAUACAAUGAAAUAUGUCGUCAGUUCACACAGCGCUUACCAGUUUUCGAAAUAAAUUAACGCAUCUUUUGAUGCUCAGAUUUCCACCCCUUAAAGAAUCGGAUAUUAUAAUACUGCUAUUAAAAUUCGAACUCCACUGCUAUUUAUAAAUUUGGCCUAUAUUUUCUAAAAUUAAUUUAUGGUAAGCGUUGCGGUAUAAAAAUUUGCAGCUAAAAUUAAAACCUUCAUACCGAUACAGACUGCAGACAUACACUAUUAAAAAAGCUUAAGGCGGCCAACUUUCCGAAAACUGAAUGCGGGACUUAACCUUUCGUGAAAAGGGGGGGGGGGGGUGCAUUGAAAAAUGAUCGGACGGAACUGAUAAAAUAAAAACCGUAAGCAAAAAGCUAUAAUUUAACCUAUCAAUAUCAUGUCACAGCGUGCACUAAUGUCUUAUUUUCAAAAUCAUUAGGCCUCACGAGUUCAGUAGAAAUAAAGAGAACGAGAUUAUAUUAUAGGUAAUCUGUGUUCCUGCACUGUUGAGCGUGCGCGCAGGUGGGUGUUGUGUAGAAGCGUGGUAGAAAAAUAGGGUUGCGGGACAUGCGGGACGCAUACAACGUUUUGCGGGACUAUUUUACUAAUAAUUUCAAAACGGGAUUUCGUCAAGCAUUGCGGGACGGUCCCGCAGAAUGCGGGACGGUUGGCCGCCUUAAAAAAGCUCUAGUAUGUAUUUUGAAUUUAAUGAAAUAUUAAACAUUGUACCUACCAUUUCCAUAAAAUGUAAUACAAAAUAAAAUACCUUCUAUACAAUAAUUAUUAAGUAAAGAAAAAUCCGUAGUUACGCGUAUUUCUAAAAUACUUGUUUAACGAACUAUGGCAUACUGGAGCUAUUAAUUAGCGUUAGGUACUUGUAGCAGUUAUACAGACGUUGUAUUAAGUAACAUAGAUUAUUCUAAAAAUAAUUAAUUAGUUAGAAGUCCGAAUCGACUUACAAAUUGAAGAUUUGUACCUAGGCGUGUCUCAUAUGCCCCCACUCGAAAUCUUUGCAUCUUUUUUAUAUGAUUUAAAAAUUAUAUUUUUUAUUAUUGUAAAUUAUUUCAGCAGUCGAUAUUUAGACAGUAGGUGUUUGUUUUUCCAUAAGAUGGUAACUGUAACAGAAUAUUGUGUUGGUAGUGUAAGUACUGUUUGUAUAAAUUGGUUGCUAUUAUGACUUUCAUCUGUACUAUUAUGUUAUGUCUUCUCCUUUUCAUCCCUGCGUUGCUUCAAUCUUGUGUAAGUUUUAUGUAUCCCUUUUAAUGCUUGUAUAAUAUUUUACCACAUAGUCGAACAAAAAACUCAGUAAUAUGUAACACAAUUUAUACCAAACAGUCCUAAGAUAGUAAUUAAAAAUUAUUGUAUUUUAAUUUUAAACUUAUAUUCUUGUCAAAACUUGUAAUCGGAGGUGCUUUUUUAUGUGAAGUAUUUGAUGGUAAUGACAUGGUGCGUUAUUUUUAUGUUUUUUUUGUUUGUACGCGUAGAUUACGCAGUACGUAUGUAUAGGUAGGCAAAUUCAGGCAGUGAUAAUUUCAUUUAAUUUUACAUAAUUAUAAAUAUUCGGUGUAAUUUAAUGUAGGGUUUAGUGUGUGUAUCUAGUAUAAAACCUAAGCUGUAAGCACUUUAUUUAUACAACGAUUAUAAAGCUAACGCACAUUUUCAAUAAUGUACCUAUUUGUAUAUAAUUUUGCUAGUUUUUGGUGCCGUGUAUGGCAUAAAUCAGUGCUAUCUCGUUUUUUAAGUUUUCGCCGAAAUAUUUAAUCGGAAUCCGAAGUUAUUCCGAGUGCUUUUAUUGCAAAGCUAUUGGACAAUAUUGUUCAAGGAAUUGUACAUUUUGAAAAGAGAAGUCAGUUGACGAACUGAAGAAGCUUAGUCCGGAAUGUAUACGGAACGUGCACUAUGUAGGUAUAAAUGAUAGAUAAGCUAACUGUCGUACAGCCUAAUCUAACUUUUUUUUAAGUACAAGCUCAUAAUUAAUCAGAAUUGGAGCAGGUGCCUAGGCCCUUAAGUUUUGCUUUAUGAACUCAAUGAAUAAAGUACCUACCUAGGUACCAGACAUUGUAAAUUAACUGCAGCACAAAACUAAAAAAAUAUUAUUAUCUAUUAUAAAAUUAAACGAUGAAAUGAAAUGUUAAAAAUUAAAUAAGUCUUAUAUCGAUGUUUUAGUGUACCUAGUACGCGAAUUACAAAUAUUUUAUUCACUCCCUAACAGGGCUUAAUAACUAUGUAAUUAGCAAAUUAUCACUGCUUGUAUUAAUCAGAGCUAUUAUAUGUUGUUGGCAUUUUAUUUAAACUAUUAUUCCAAUUUGUAAAACAGAGCUAAAGUAAUCGCAUGAAGGUAGAGGAAAAGGUUUUAUCGUCCGAUAAAAAAUAUAUGUUGUGUUUUAUUGUAUAUUAUCAAUAAAAUGUGAUACCGACUGUGUAA